AUGAGGACCACUGCCUUCUCCGCGAAGUCGGCCCGGCUGGGUGCCAGCGCGCCCGCGGCCGUGCGCCCGAAGACUGCCGUGCACGCGGUGAAGGAUGUCUUCAUGCCUGCCCUGAGCAGCACCAUGACGGAGGGCAAGAUCGUCUCCUGGCUGAAGAGCCCCGGGGACAAGGUGGCCAAGGGGGAGCCCAUCGUGGUGGUCGAGUCCGACAAGGCGGACAUGGACGUGGAGUCCUUCAACGACGGCAUCCUGGGGGCCAUCGUGGUCCAGGUGGGGUUUGGGGGCGGCGGGCGCGUGAUCUGA